AUGGGUUAUAGAGCCUGGAACAAAGUUUUUACCCAAGAACAGGAACAGAUUAUGGAAGAUUAUAUCGUGAAGGCAGCCAACAUUUAUUAUGGUUUUUGCCCUAAAGAAAUUAGAAAGUUUGCAUAUGAAUUAGCCGACAAAUAUAAGUUAGCAAUGCCACCCCACUGGAAAGAUAAGCAGAUGGCUACAGAGGACUGGUUCAGCAGAUUUAUGAAACGACAUCCACAGCUCUCGUUACGGUGCUCACAACCAACUAGUUUAUCUCGUGCGACCAGUUUUAACGAAGGCAAUAACGUGGAUGAGACGGGCAUCACCACAGUCCAAAAACCAAAUAGAAUUGUGACUAAAAAGGGAACACGACAAGUGGGAGCAUUGACGUCCGCCGAGCGUGGAACAUUGGUCACGUUAACCUGCGCGGUAAAUGCUGUUGGAAAUGUUGUACCUCCAAUGUUUAUAUAUCCGAGGAUUCGGUACCAGGAACAUUUUAUUCGGGAUGGGCCAAUUGGAAGCACUGGCACCGGAAACGCAAGUGGUUGGAUGCAAGACACUGAAUUUCUAAAAUAUUUACAACAUUUCCAAAAAUAUGCAUCUGCAACUAUCGAUCACAGAGUUCUCCUACUUCUAGACAAUCAUGCGUCUCAUAUUUCUAUUCAAGCCCUGGACUACUGCUCUGAGAGCGGUAUAGUGGUAUUGUCUUUCCCGCCUCAUUGUUCACACAAGUUACAACCGCUAGACCGUUCUGUGUAUGGGCCUUUAAAGAAGGCAAUUAAUUCUGGCUGCGAUGUAUGGAUGCGAAGUAACCCAGGGAAAACAAUGACGAUAAAAAUAUAUCCCAUCCAUAGUAACUACAGCCUUUCCGAUGGCGCUGACAUCAAACAUAUAUUUACCGCCAUAGACUAUGCACCCUCUUACGUGACAGAUCGGCCUGCAGCAGCAGCUGAGCUAAGAAAAGAUGAAGUUAAUAAGGCAAAUCCAGAAAAUGUAGAAAAUGACCCUACAACACCUGACGAAGCGAGAAAUAAACACGAAGUAACUCCGCCACCGAUACCAGUUUCAGAUGAACCUGUAGCGUCAACUUCAGGACUUCAGAAAUUUGCACCGGAGACAGUCAGACCUUUCCCCAAAGCUCCACCCAGAAAACAAGAAAAUAAAGGACAAAAAAAAAGAAAAUCGGCUAUAUACACGGAUACCCCUGAGAAGGAAGACAUUAGGGCAGAAUACGAAGAAAAGAAGAAAAGAAGAAAAAAACUGUUAAAAAAAUUUUUUGUGAACCUAAAAUAA